AUGCCGCGUGAAAUUAUCAGCUUGCAAGUUGGGCAGUGUGGAAACCAAGUCGGCAGCGAGUUCUGGAGGAAGGGUGGCGACCGCAAGGACGUGUUCUUCUACCAGGCAGACGACGAGCACUACAUCCCGCGGUCCCUGCUGCUGGACCUGGAGCCCAGGGUCAUCAACGGCAUCCAGACGUCCGACAUCCGGAACCUAUUCAACCCGGAGAACAUUUUCAUGAGCAAGGAGGGCGGCGGCGCUGGGAACAACUGGGCCAGCGGCUUCAGCCAGGGAGAGGCUGUACAGGAGGCGCUGCUCGACAUGAUAGACCGCGAGGCGGAGUACUGCGACAGCCUUGAGGGCUUCACGCUGUGCCACUCCAUCGCGGGCGGCACGGGCAGCGGCAUGGGCUCAUACCUGCUGGAGCUCUUGAGCGACCGCUGGAACAAGAAGCUGAUACAGACGUACAGCGUGUUCCCCAACCAGAGCGAGAGCAGCGACGUCGUGGUGCAGCCCUACAACAGCCUGCUCACCCUCAAGCGCCUCACGCACCACGCGGACGCCGUGGUGGUGCUCGACAACACGGCCCUCGACCGCAUCGCCGUGGAGCGGCUGCACGUGGAGAACCCCAGCUUCACCCAGAUCAACAGCCUGGUGUCCACGGUCAUGGCGGCCAGCACGACGACGCUGCGGUACCCGGGCUACAUGAACAACGACCUCGUCGGCCUCAUCGCCAGCCUUAUCCCCACGCCGCGCUGCCACUUCUUGAUGACGGGCUACACACCCCUGACCCUGGAGAGCAGCGAGGGCGGCCAGGUCAACAGCGCGAUCCGCAAGACCACCGUCCUGGACGUCAUGCGGCGGCUGCUGCAGCCCAAAAACAUCAUGGUGUCGCCGCAUGCGCGCGCCAAGGACCUGUCCAGCGCCAAGUACAUAUCCAUCCUCAACAUCAUCCAGGGGGAGGUGCACAAGAGCCUGCAGCGCAUCCGGGAGCGCAAGACGGCCAACUUCAUAGAGUGGGGCCCCGCCAGCAUCCAGGUGGCUCUGUCCAAGAAGUCGCCCUACGUCCAGACGGCGCACCGCGUGAGCGGCCUGAUGCUGGCCAACCACACGUCCAUCCGCCAUCUGUUCAACAAGAUCAUGCGCGACUACGAGAAGCUUAUCGGGCCGCGGUAG